UCGUAAAAUUGUGUUUUUGCAUUGGACUAAGCAACCACCCAUACGUUGUGAACAGAAAACGAUCACAUACCAACCAAUUGUUUUACAGAUAUAUUGUUUCAUCUCCUUUCGACAUUUGUUGGAGUCCUAAUCAACACAAUGCAAGAUAUUAAUUUACCAGAGGAUUCAUGCCGAAACGGUUCCAUAAUUAGGCUGCUGUGUCCCUCGCAGACUGCCGUGUGUGUAGUACACGGGAAAACGGGCCUUGUCAACGCCUCUUUCACUGACAGCUACAAUGUCUCUGAGACGGGGCUAUCAGCCGGCGGUGACAAAUGGAGCAGCUAUAACUUCUGGAUCGGUUUGACCCUGGCAGUGAUGUCGGCCUUCCUGAUUGGAGGGAGUGUAAUGCUGAAGAAGAAGGCCCUGCUUCGUCUUGCCUGUAACGGACACCAAAGGGCAGGAGAUGGUGGUCAUGGAUAUUUAAAGGACUGGCUAUGGUGGGGGGGCCUUCUGACCAUGGGUGCUGGCGAGGUUGCCAACUUUGCAGCGUACAUGUUUGCCCCAGCUACUGUGGUGACUCCUCUGGGGGCUCUGAGUGUCCUCAUCAGUGCCGUGCUGUCAUCUCACCUCCUGGAUGAGACACUUAACCUGUUUGGGAAGCUGGGCUGCGUCCUCAGUCUUCUGGGCAGCACCCUCAUGGUGAUUCACGCCCCCGAGGAGGAGGGGGUCACCACCCUGGAGCUGAUGGUGGAAAAACUACUUGACCCAGGCUUCCUUGCGUUCGCCAGUAUCCUGCUGGCGACCUGCCUGCUGCUCGUCUUCUACUUCUCCCCGCGCGUGGGCCAGACCAACAUCCUGGUCUACAUCAGCAUCUGCUCCCUGCUGGGGGCCUUCACCGUCUCCUCCGUGAAGGGCCUGGGCCUCGCCAUACGCACCUUGCCCUCCGACCCGUCUGUGGCGCGCCACCCGCUCACCUGGAUACUCCUGGCCACCCUGGUGGCUUCCAUCGUUGUCCAGGUCAACUACCUGAACAAGUCCCUGGACACCUUCAACACGCUGCUGGUGUACCCCAUCUACUAUGUGUGCUUCACCACCGUGGUGCUCACCGCCUCCAUCAUCCUGUUCAAGGAGUGGGGCGCCAUGUCGGGGGUGGACGUGGUGGGCAGCAUCGGGGGCUUCCUGGUCAUAGUGCUCGGCGUGGCCAUGCUGCACCUGUUCCGGGACAUCCACGUCACCCUGGAGGAGCUGACCAGCAGCCUGUGUCGGCCGGUGGAGGAGAGACGGGUGGACAAACACAUCCUGGUUGAGAACAUGGAGUGCCUCCCCCCCAUGAGAGACGACGGACCCAGGGUCUUCAUUAUCAGCUGAGGGGCUGGCAUUGCAGAGAGCACUCUGAGCACUUUUUUGUCUUGUGAAUAUCCAGUAUUUGUUGGGUCAUGAGCAAAGCUGCGGAGGACUCGGGUUUAUGACGCUGCAGGCAGCCAACUGUCCUGUUUCGGAUGACCUCGGUCGAUGAUGCACUAAGACACUAGGGAAGAGGUCUUUAGUAUAUUAUAUGUUGUGAUCCUGAUGAUUUGAGGUCUACAUGCUGCAGGUGAUGGGGACUAUUGCUGAGGAGGACUGUCUUUGAUAGACCAGGGACUAUUACUGAGGAGGACUGUCUUUGAUAGACCAGGGACUAUUACUGAAGAGGACUGUCUUUGAUAGACCAGGGACUAUUACUGAGGAGGACUGUCUUUGAUAGACCAGGGACUAUUACUGAGGAGGACUGUCUUUGAUAGACAAGGGACUAUUACUGAGGAGGACUGUCUUUGAUAGACCAGGGACUAUUACUGAGAAGGACUGUCUUUGAAAGACCAGGGACUAUUACUGAAGAGGACUGUCUUUGAUAGACCAGGGACUAUUACUGAGGAGGACUGUCUUUGAUAGACCAGGGACUAUUGCUGAGGAGGACUGUCUUUGAUAGACCAGGGACUAUUACUGAAGAGGACUGUCUUUGAUAGACCAGGGACUAUUACUGAAGAGGACUGUCUUUGAUAGACCAGGGACUAUUACUGAGGAGGACUGUCUUUGAUAGACAAGGGACUAUUACUGAGGAGGACUGUCUUUGAUAGACCAGGGACUAUUACUGAGAAGGACUGUCUUUGAAAGACCAGGGACUAUUACUGAAGAGGACUGUCUUUGAUAGACCAGGGACUAUUACUGAGGAGGACUGUCUUUGAUAGACCAGGGACUAUUGCUGAGGAGGACUGUCUUUGAUAGACCAGGGACCUUUACUGAGGAGGACUGUCUUUGAUAGACCAGGGACAAUUACUGAGGAGGACUGUCUUUGAUAGACCAGGGACUAUUACUGAGAAGGACUGUCUUUGAAAGACCAGGGACUAUUACUGAGGAGGACUGUCUUUGAUAGACCAGGGUGUUUCAGAGUUCUGUGCUUGUUUUGGUUACCUCACAUCUCUCAUGUUGACUACAUUUCAUUGCACCUGCGUUGUCGGUCACUCAUUUCAGUAUAUAGUAUAUAUUUUUUGUAAAUCUCAGUGUUGCUUACAUCUUUAAUUAAGAAGAACAGUCAUGUGAAAAAAUAAGUACACCCUCUGAUCAGUUAUUUUUGAAAUAAAAAAUUCCAACCACAUUCAUUGAUAAAUUACAAAUCACACAAAACUUUUAACAUCAAAGACAAAAAUGAGUACACCCCUAUCUUUACUAUGAUGUAAAAUGGCAAAGAUUACAAUCAGGUGCUCCAAAACAGGUGCGCAUUAUUAGAAAGUCAUCAGUUUAAAUCUAUCAUCCAUAAAGAUUAGAAACGUGGUCUGGUUUGCUCUUAACAAUUUUGCUGUGUGUUAACACAUCAUGGCAAGAUCUAAAUACCUUUCUGAGGCCCUCAGAAGAGAGAUUAUUGAUGCCCAUGAGUCUGGGAGGGGUUAUAAAGCUGUUUCCAAGCAUUUCUAUCUUUCGUAUCAUCUACAAAUUUAGAAAAUUCUAGACCACUGGCAAUCUAGUAUUGGUCGUCCCACCAAAUUCAGACCAAGAGCUGACUGAAAGAAGGUAAUAGAAGUCUCUAAGAACCCUGGGGUAACAUCAAUAGGUCUACAGUCUCUCUUGCCUGAAUCAAUGUUGAAGUUCAUUAAUCAACUGUCAGAAAGAGACAGCACAAACUUGGCCUACAUGGGAUUUCAGAAGAAAAGCCUCUGCUUUCAAAAAAUAAUAUCAAGACAAAAUUGACAUUUGCCAGACGACCCCAGGGUAUGAUUGGUAAAACAAAACUCUGCCUUUGAACAGAAGAACCUCAUACCAACCUUAAAACGGGGAGAUGGUGGCAUUAUGUUUUGGGGCUGCUUUGCGGUCUUAGGGCAAAGAAAGCUUUCAAACACCAGCAAUACUGCAAAGAAGAAUGGGGAAGACAUUCUUCCCAGUCGAUGUAAGAGACUGAUAGACAGUUACUUGAAAUGGCUACAUGAAGUUAUUUCAGCAAAAAAUAAGGCAACACCAGCUAUUGAAGCUAAGGGUGUACUCACUUUUCCCACCCUGUGAAAUUGCAUUUCUGUUUUUGAUAUACAAAUGAUUGUACAUUAUUUUAGUAUCUUAACUUUAUCUGUCAGUAGCGCUCAAGUGAGGGUUACAUAUCCAUGUCCACAUAUUAAAAAAGAAUACAUAACUGGGGGUGUACUUACUUUUUUCUUUUAUAAAUGCUAACUAUUAUCGCCAGGUUCUGAUGAAAUGGCUUGUAGGGCUAAUCCCUUUCUGAACAUGGCAAUGUUAAGAAGAACAGGCCAGAGUUGUGUUCUUAUUCAAAUGCAAGGCAAGUGUGAAUACAAAGAGAUUCAAGUUAUUUUACUUUUUUCACUUUAAAGACUGGGAAAAGAAAAGAGAAAAGAGGACCACAGUACAUGUGAAAACCCCUGGAGAGACUUGAGAACACAGGGAAUUAGACAAAUAAUAUGCCAAUACAGAAUCUUGGUAAAGUCAGCCCAAAAAAUGUAGUAAAUUACAACAGGCCUGUCGGGUAAUAGGACAGUUUUUGCAAGAUGCAGGAUUUGCCCAGACUGUGUGCUCAAAGUUACCUGCUACCACUUAAUGUGAAUAUGUUUGGUCAUGUACGGGUCAUUGCCAUUAUUAUAUUUGGCAACUGCACUGGAAGGAAUGUAACACACCCAGUCAUAAUGUAAUCUCCAAAUGCUUUUGUUUUUAUUUGAUUUAUAAUAAUUUUUGUUUGUUGUUAAAGUACCUA